UAGGCACACAUAAGGUAAAACAGGCUCAGCAGACUUCCGCAUACUGCCCGCACAGGUUCUCCCCCUUCACUCUCCCUCUCUCUCUCCCUCUCUCCGGGGUCGCCGGGCACUGCUUGGACUAGAUCCGAAGGAGCUGCAGCGCCGUUAGCAGUCGAGCCUUGAGAUUCAGACUUCUUACCAGACCCGCCUGGGCGUUUGGUGCUGCACUAACUGGCAAGAUGGAUCUAUCCUUAGCAGCAGCAGUGCUCUGUUCAUCCUUCUUAGCGCCAGCAUUGGGGUCAGCUUUUGGCAGGGAAAUGCCAGCCUCCACAAUGGAUGACAUCCAUGAGUACGACAGCCCAUUUCAUUAUGACUAUGAAUCUGUGCGGAUUGGGGGUUUGAUCUUCGCUGCAGUGCUCUUCCUCAUGGGGAUCUUUAUUGUCAUCAGGUGUGUGCCUCACAAGCUAAGGCCGAAAGUGCCGCUGCAGAGGAAGCCAGUCGUCAAAGCCAGUGGGACCAGUGGGGGUUUCCGACCCAGAAGCAGCUAGGGGUAGAAAUUAAGCCUGAAUAUGCAGAAAACAGAUGAGCAGCACACCUUGCCACCAGAGGGAGACUUACAACACUGGCACCCUUGUGAUCAGCAGCCGGAUGACUGAAGGCUAUAAACAAUCUGCUUCUUGUUGUUCUUGAGAACUUCCCACUUUUCUGCCUGUUUUUCCUCACUGUCGGACACUGCCUUGUCUUCUCCUCAGCAUCUUCUAGUCACAUAAUCCUGAACAGAUGUGCAGCUGAUCAUUAGCUAUGUUUAGAUGAGAUUAUGGUUUAGUAGAGAUUGAGGCAAAACGUCUUUCUGAAAACCUACGUCUUAUUUAGACUUCUGUAGCAUGUAGAAUGUUCAGGCAGCAUUCACUUUUAAAUUGUAGCAUUUUAUACAUUUUGUAAAGUCUUUUCAUUGUUGCAGUGAUUCACUGUUGAGCUAAAUCACUACGUGUAGAGAGCACCAGCUGUUACUUUUUUCCUGUCAAAUAAACUUUCUUUAGUAGGAAUAUGCAGUGGUUUAUUGUCGUGCCAGUCCUAUGCAUGAGAAAUGAUCUAGUCCAGAAGUCACUAGUAGGCGGAUCACGGUCCGAGUCCCAGACCCAGAUGCUUUCCUAUGUGGACCUGGACCUAUAACCAAUAAACUAUGGAGAAUUAUGUAAUUUGUCCUAUUUUAAUCAGCGUAACUCGUCAGGGGAGGCGAGACACAGCAGUCAGAGAAGAAAGUGAGCCAGAUUAUUUCACAUUGCGUGCUCUAAGAAGAGAAAACUGACAAUAAAUGUUGUUGAAAUCCCUGAAUUGUACUUUAUUUGAUUUGAUAUUCAGUUGUCGACUACAUAAGAUGUUGAUAUAACUACUAGGCUACUUCAGGUUACAGCAUAUGGCACUGAGUCAUGAAACAGGAUAGACAUGAUGUUCCGGACCUUGGCUUGGCUUUUCUUUAAAUGGACCUCACUGAACUUUAAUUAAAGACCUCUGGUCUAGGCUAUGGUACUAAAAAUAAGGACUGCAAAAAGUCAUUUCAUUUCUCAUUUCCAACCAGAAAUGGGGGGGAGGGGCACACAGCACUUUUAAUCUGUAACAGUAACUGGAUGUUUUCAGAUCUGAAGCAGCUUGAUUUUCUCCUCUCUCUCAAAGAUGAAAGCGUGAAGUGCUGUUUAUCUGUUUUGGUUGGUCUACCAGGUCAUGCUCGGGUAGUUAAAAGUCCCUAAACUUACUUUCUUUUUAUCUUUGAAUAAAAUUUUUGUGAACUCCA